GUCUGCUCCAGCAGCAUGUUUGUUGAUUGUGUUAUUCGGGUGCUUCUUCAUGUCUCAGUUUGACUACAGACGAUCAUGACAAACACUUGUCUGAUAUUUUAAGGCGUUGCUAUCCAUCAAACUACAAGUAACGAGACUGAAGCCUCGCAAACAGUCAGGAAAUCUGUUACAAGAACAUGCAAAUGAUUCAUGCAUGUUCUCGUCUGGUCUAGAAUCUAAUUUUCCUUCCUGCAUCAACGUCCAAUCCCAAUCAUGAAAUAUAACUAAGCGUAGUUCAAGUCUUCUUCUUAUGAAGCAGUACAGAUCUUAGAAGUCGUUUCUUCCGCAGAGUGAUACAAUUGAUCGUUACUUAGCCAAUCGUAUUCGUGUAUGAUAGUACUGAGUAGCAGUAGCUGUAGCACCAUUUUUUGAGUGACGACCUAAGCAUAUUAAUCCACUCGUCUUGUUGUUGUUCUACAAAUACUUCCCCAUCUUUUUAAUCGCAAAGUUCAUUUUGAGCGCCAACCGUAAAACUACAACAAAAACAAUAAAGUAGUGUUAUGUAGUAUAAUAUUCUGACUUGAUGUGAUCUCAACACUGAUUCUUCAUUUUCCUUCUACGGGCAGCUCCUUGCUCUACUACAGCAAAUUUUGCACACAGGAGGUGAUAUUGAUAUAAAGUGAAAAAAUGAGGAGGCUUUGUUCAGCAGUCGUCCUUGCGACCGCAUGGAAAAAUGCGGGGGCAGAGGAGACUGUUUCUCCAGCAUCUCUCUCCAAAUUUAUGACUGCGGCGGCGUCGGCUUCGGCAGCGAAUAUAAUACCUGCAAAGUUAUGGCUAGUUCUUCGUAAUUAUUAUUAUCCAUGACAAUUUUGAGUGUGUCCUCGUGUGUGUGUGUGGGAAAACAUCCCGGGCGCGAGACUUACUUCCCCUGUAUAGUUAGUUUUGGGUACUUCAGCCAGGUCGAUAAUGAAAAGCUAGCGUCCCACUAACUCUUGCAGAAGAAGACAUACCUGCAGUAGCACGAGCAGCCACUCCAAAUCUUCAACCUUUGCCACCAGCUACGGAGCAGUUGAACAGUGAGCCACCAGCUCGUAGAGAAUUGGAGGUAGAACUUCCUGGCGCUGUUGAACAAGAGCAGGUGGAAAAAGACACAGCUGCCGAGGACGCAAUAGCCACUAUGGACAGUAUACCAGAAGCUCCGCCAGAAAAGCCGCACGGCGGAUUACUCAGAUGGUAGUAAGGCUGAAUAUUUUUGAAGCUUCCUGCCCUUGGUCGUGCAUUUCGAGUGACUAAGAUGAAGUAAAUUGAUAGAGAUGUUUAGCUUUCAAUCCUAGAAGUAGAAUGGAGAUCCCUGGGGUUGCCUUUGCUAUCAUCCGUCCUCCACCCCCUUUCUCCCGCAUCUGCUUACGAAAAGUCCUGUAGAUGUUAUUCUUAUUUUGGUAAGAAAAUCUUCUGUCACAGAGGAAAAACACACUUAUAUUAUACGUAGUGACUGUGUCCCACCUUUUGUAGAAGAUGUAGCUACACAUACAACAUCUUCUAUUCCGACAUGACAUACUUAAACGAACAUCUAAUCAGGUUUUGGUGGUUUGUUAUUGCGUAUAUGUUUUACGCGCAAGCGACCAUCUGCGACGAGUACUUCGUUCAGGCAAUCAAGGUCAUGGUCGAAAAGUUUCAGAUUCCUGAGGACGUCGCGGGUGCAACUUUAAUGGCCCUUGGUUAAGGCAGGUUUUUCAUCACCUACUAGCUAAUGAUAAUGUUGCGAGGUCAUUGCUUGAAGAAUCAACUAUAAGGAGCGAUCAUUUCAUCUCGUUUCCAGAAGGUAAAGCCAUUCGGAUUCAAUCAACAAAUCAAGAACAAGAUGAUGAAAAACUAGCUCUAACCUGGUUGCAACGGCCCGGAACUCUUUACCAACUUCAUCGCCAUAUUCAUCACCCACAAUGAUGUUGGCGUCGGUAAUGUAAUUUCGAUUUUAUUUGAACUAGAUAAGAAAAGUAGAUGCUCCUGCUCCUGUGGUUAUAGAAGAACAGGAUUUUACUUUGUCGCAAGUACUAGGAGGUAGAAUAGUACAACGUACUACUACUAGUUCUUGAUCAUGUAGGGUCAUCAUGAAUUUUUAUGUUUCAUAAAAAUAUGCCUGCCUGUCUCUUUCUUCAUCAACCGUACCGACCUCAGGAACCAUCGUCGGAUCGGAGAUUUUCAAUCUUCUGUGCAUUGUCGGAGGAUCCAUUGUGGCUUGCCCAAAGCUACCGUUGGAGCUGGAAAAAGCGCCGUUCGUCCGCGAUUGUGCAUUCUACGCUGUGAGCAUUCUCAUGCUUGCGUGGACCCUGGCUGAUGGGGAGGUUACCACUCCAGAAGCAGUGAGUUUACUUGUCAUGUGCGGCGUAUAUGCAGUCACCGUUGCAAUGACGAAACAGAUAGUUGCGAAACUGUAUCCCGACCGGCCGAAGCCAGUGCUCCGUCGUUCCAUCACGGGCACUCGGGUGAUGAUGGCAGACGGUUCCCGACCCUCAAAAGAAGCGAUCCGAGCAGGGAUGGAGAGUGAGGAAGUGGAAAUUAAGGUAUACCAGGGUAAACCUUGAGUUAAUAGUUUUUUUUACUUUCUCGCUGGAUCUCGGUCUUCCAGUACAUCAAUGCUCUUAGUUGCAUGCGAGCUACACAAAAAUGAAUAUUUUUCUUGAUGAUAGCUGUUAGUUUAGGAUGUCGUUUCAGACGACUCUCAAUGCUUCAUCUUUUCUGCAUUAAUGACGAUGAGAAUGAGUCAUGCCUUUUUCUUGAUUCAUGAAAGGCUUUGAUGUUCACGUUAUUCUCUUGAAUCUGACUAAGAUCGGAUGCAGUCAAAAACUCUAGCUUUCUUGAGGCUUGCUAAUUCAUUUAGCAAGAAAUGAAUUUGAUUAAAAUUGUAUAAAAUUAAAAAUUCUACUGUUCUGUCAGAAUUUGAAAACUGGAUGCCAGAAUGUGAAAUCUAAAACUAUCUUGAGUAUUUUUUUUCUCUAGAGGCUUGCUAAUUCGUUUCUAAGGAAAUGAAUUUAAUUAGAAUCGAAUAAAAUCAAAAAUUCUAGUUUUUAUUGUCAGAAUUUGAAAAAGUGGACCUAUUUUGAUUUUUUUUCUCUUGAGUUGGCGCUUGUUAAUUCGUGCCGCUGGAAAUAAAUUGGAAUAAAAUCGAAUAAAAUCAAAAAUUCCGACUUUCCUUCAAGAAGAGGUUGAAAAUUUGCAUAAUUUUGAAUCUUCUGAAUCAUUCAAUCUUCAUUUGGUUGCACGUAGUUGAUUUGUAGCUUUGUACGUUGUUCCAUACUGCCUGUCACCCAAAACCUAAAGUUUCUCCACUCAAUUAAAACCAAUUUCAAUCGCUUAUUAGGUGAUACAACCUGCUCGGUUUGACCAUGGUUUGGACGCGAGAGAGGUAGUGACUCUGCAGGUCAAACCUGAGGGACUCGCAGUUGAGUGCGAACUGCAGCAAGACCAACAAAGUUUCAAUUUUCCCUUGCUGUCACACAGAAACGAAACGGGAGAUCAGACGAAAAUCCUCAGGUAAAAAAGAUUUAUGUUCCCUUGCCCUUGUAGUAUGCGUAUUACCUUACAGUUUGACCGUUACAUCUGAAAUUAUGUUCGCCUAUUUUUUCUCAACUUCUAGGAACCAACUUUCAUUCUUCUUUAAUUAAAGUCAGCAGGAGCGUGAUGCCAACCAUAUAAGAAAUUAAGGUUCGACGAUAUGGUCGUCCUCGAGGAGACCAGCGAACGAGACGCACCCUGCGUGCUUACGUUGGAUAAUGGUGAUAGAGUCGGCGAUAUGCUAGAGGUGCAGAUGUGGUUUAAAGAUCCAGAGCAUCAAAAGAAAAUCAUAGGAACUAUGAAAGCAGCGAUGCCAUCGCGCGCAUCAAUCGUGGAGCAGGGUAAGGUAGAGGCUGGGGAAAUGCACAGAGCAUCGAUGGCAGCCGCAACCACUUGGUACAAAAAGCUGCUUCUGGCAGUGGAGUUUCCGCUUGCCUAUGUCUUAGUUACGAUAAUAUCCCGUGGAGGUGCAAAAAAAAAGAGUUCAUUGUGAUUUUCACAAGGAAGUGUAGUACUAGUAGGAGUAAAGUAACCAGUUGUAAGAAUUGUCAAGGAAUUUUAGGAAGAUGUAAUAUUCUAGAUCUAAAUUACCAAUUUUGAAUAGAAGCUACCUCCUACCUAGUGAUAGAAGUGUUGCAUGAUACGGUCAAAAUGGACAUCAUAAUUGUAAACAAAGAAUAAAAUCCUCCUCUAAUUCCGACUUAACUAUGUCCUGGUGUGACGUGAAGAUUCCGAUCAACGAAGAAAAGUGGGGAGCUUGCUUCGGCAUGAGCAUGGUCUGGCUUGCGAUUUUUUCAUACUUUUAUGGCAUGGUGGUCGUGAAGUCAUUUCUACUUCUGUUCAAGCUACUUGAAGUUGAUGACCGUUGUCUUUUUAGUCCUAUUUCCCCUUCAUCUGUGCCCCCCAGACUUCGGAUGACGAAAGUGAAAGUGGAAGGAUUGUUCCCUCUGUCACAAUUUCAAGGAGACUCAUACUUUAUUCUCCUAACCACGCAAUCAAUAUCUACUUAGUUUCGUCUCAUGUGGAACUUUUUUGACUAUCUAAGGUUUACCCGCUUAGUGUUACUCAGUUGCGAAAUUUAGAAGCAAAUAAGUACCUGGGCCUUCAGCUCCUCUAAUGGGUAAUGUGCUCAAUUGCGGACAUAAUCCACGAUGAGUUUGGCAUUUCUACAGGCCUGUUGGGUAUCACAUUGUGCGCUGUGGGUACGAGUUUCCCGAACUUCUAUGCAAGUCUGAUCAUGGCUGGAGAAGGGCGUUCAGCGAUGGCGAUCGCGAAUGCUUUAGGGUAUCUAUAACCAUAUAGUAACUCUACACAGACUUCAAAUUGACUGGAGGAACUUCUGUCAUGACAUGCUCAUUAACGUGUCUACAAAUUUCUCCAACAAGAACUUUUGAAGUUUCCAAUUUACUACUAGUACUUCCUCCCAUCUAUUGACUUUGGCCGUACGUAAAACAAAUUUUCCACCAUAGACACAGUAGAUGCCAAUCCGACCCUUCUUCUACAACUUCUUGUAGUUAUCGUAGGCGUAUCCGAGAUCCUAUUUACCAGGCCAUAGUAGGUCCUACGACCUUGGUGACUGGACAAUAAAGAUUCGACCACCACGACCACGACUUCAUCACUUAUUAGGUCCAAUAUUCAGAACGUGUUUCUGGCAUUGGCCGUGCCAUGGACGCUGAAGUGCUGCGUUAGUGGUUCGUAUGCAGUUGCUGCAAACGGCAUCGGAAUCGGAGUUGGUUGGAUGGGGAUCACAUUGGCGAUGGUGGCCGGUCUAGCUGUGAAGUACAAUUGCCGCCUCGAUGCCUGGAUGGGAUGGAUGCUGAUCGCAACCUACGCCGUGUACCUCGUCAUCACCAUCUUUACUACAAACUAG